UGCCUGAGCAGAACCAUCACCGCCAUAGGUUGUCAAAUAACCCGGAUUUAACCCACACAAGUAAGUCCAAUAGGGUGCAGGCAUGUCCUCUAUGCUUACAGCUUCCCGUGGGUGUUGGUUUGAUACCGUUUGGGGACAGCCAAGGAGGCAUCUGCAGGCAACAAAGAUUAUCAUCUGGAAGAAUGGCUGGAGUAAAGAAUACUAUCCGCAUGGAGGUGGAUCCUGCAAGUUCCAAGAACAACAUGGUUUAUCUGGUGAGAGACAUCAUUAUGGAGAAGAUUGGAGUGGACAAGGCUGAAAUCUUCAGUGUUAAUGAGUCUCCCCGCAGGGGCUCCUAUGAGGUAACCUUUGUGGAUGAGGGCAGGUGUUUGCAUGUGUAUGAAUACUUAAGGAAUCUCAGCAAUGAGCCCUUGCUGGUUGGGGUGAAGAUUACUCCACUGUUUGGUCUGCAGGAAAAAACUGUGAUAGUGCAUGUGCAUAAUCCUUACACAGAUGUGGAAAUUAUUAAGAACUUUUUGCACAAGUACUGUGACUAUGUGAAGGGUGGAGAGAAACAGACGAAUGUACUGGGGAUUUUUAACUGCAAUUAUAAGUUUGUGGUUAAAUUAAAAGUAGACCCUACUUGUGUUGGGGGUUUUAAACACCCCCCUGCCAGUUUUUCCAUUGCAGGUUAUAGGGGGUACCUGUCCUAUGCUGGUCAGCCUUCCUACUGCAGGAAUUGUUUUUCCUUUGGACAUUUAAAGGAGAACUGUGUGCAAGGACAAAUGUGCAGGAACUGUAAUACUGCUGGCCACCAUGCUGGAAGUUGUCCUAAAGCCAGGAAAUGUGACUUAUGUCGGGAGGAAGGUCAUGUUUAUAAGGACUGCCCUGGGGUGAGAAGUCCUUUAUUCAGUAGUGUGGUGAGAGAGGGGGAAAUAGUGAGGAGAUUGGCCCCUCUGAAGACCAUUGCAGCUCCUCAGAAGCCCCCUGAUGUUCAGGCUGCAGUCUCUGAUGCCUUCAGACAGUUGGAGGAAGUUAUUGAGGGAGUGCAGAGUCCUAGUCACUCUGUGGAGUCUGUUCACCCCUCUGACCCUGUUCACAUUGAGCCAUUUCCAUCCUCAGGUGAGACUGAUUUGUGUAACAGGGAGGGUGGUGGGAAACAUAAUGCAGAGGAUGAAAAUUAUGAUGGCUUUCAACUGGUGCAUGGAGGGAAGUCUGCCAAGAAAAGAAGAGGUGAGAAGGGUGCGGACUCGCGCCCGGAAACCAGCAACUUUUAUGAAGUCCUGGAGACGGAUGUUAUGGAGGCUACUGAGAGUGGUGAAUAACUAUGCUGGGACUUGAUUUGCUAGUUAGUAGCAGGUGGCUGAUGCACCUGUGUAGCUCAUGCAGGGUUAAACCUUGUUCUUUGUAGCUUUAGGCUAUGGGUUUUGUUGUAUGUUCUCAAAAUGUGAGAGUGUUUAAAAAUAAGGCUAGGAGAGCUGCUAUUUUAAGUUUUUUAGCUCAGGAAAAUGCUGCAAUUUUUUUGUUUGCAGGAGUGUGGUAUUGAUCUCACCAUAAGUCAGGAUGAAUGGGUGUAUGGUCGGUGUGUGUGGUCUGGGAGUGUUUUGAA